AUGUCUCUUUGGCUAGUCAAAAAAGAAGAUCGUCAUAAGUACGGUCUUGGAGAGCAGGAAAUCAUUGCAACCAGCCAAAAAGCCAAAGAUGUCCUCGUUACAGGUUUUGUCCUAAAUCCAUUUUGGCAUUCUUUCCAGAAAAGCAUUGCUGCUGUUCACAAUCCCAACGAUGAGCAAUACAUUCAAUGUUUUGAGCAUGAGCUGCGCCUUCCGCUUAAAACUUUCCUUGUCUCGUCACUUCCUAACUGUUCAUGGAUCUUGAACGUUCUUCAUCUUGGUUUCGGAGCAGACAAAUAUGCGAACCCUAUCGUCAUUCAUGUUUGUAUUCAAACCCCUCAUUACUUCACAGAUAACGAGGAUGCUGCUCUCAAAGUCGUACAGGGUAUGGAGAAGAUCAUCAAGGAGAAUCUAGAUAAUCAAAAGCAUGGAAACGAUAUGCAUGAAAAGUUCACUAUUGAUAUCUCUCAAAUCUACUAUUCGAGUUCCUCAAAGACAGAGAUGAAUAAGACCUGCGAUAACGAUCUCCGCUCAACCGAUUGCCCCGAAAUCCCUGGUGUCAAUCUCGCCAACAAUUUUCCUUCCGUGUUUUUGAAUGACACUCCUUGCCCUGGUCUCUCUAUUGGACGAGCAGAAACCAAAGAAAAAAUUUAUCCGGCUGGUUCGUUGACUGGUUUUCUGCAACAGGGAGACGCAAUUUACAGCCUUACUUGCAGUCAUGUUGCUUUUCCUGACCCAGAACGUCCAUCUGAAGUAUACAAAUACAACGAUGGAAUGGAACAGUUUAAGAUUACGUUACCCGCAUUCAAAGAUCAUAAAGCAACACUUGAAGCCAUGGAGGACGAGAUUAAAUAUGCUAGAAAUACAGUCGAAAAGGCAGAGAAACGUCAAGUACAGUGUCCUGAAAUGGAUUUCUCUAUUCGAAUACAAUUGCGUAAAGAAGAAGAGAUUCUAUGCAUGAGACGAUUGAAUGUAGCCCAGAACUACGACAUUUAUGCUGGUUAUGUCUAUGCUGCUUCAAACGAAUGGCGUAAGUUACCUACAUUUUAUUUCCUGAAAGAACCUCAGAUCUCGGGAUUUAUUGAAAAGUUCGGAGAAAAGUAUUGGUCACCAGAUGAAUGUAAGGCUUUUAUCACAAGAUGUCAAGGCUUGCAGAAUUCCAUGGAGUUCAAUGUCAGUCAUCCAAAAUCGUUCUCCCUUUUGAAUGAGAAGAGUUUGUUCUUCAAACCUGUAAGUCGAACAACAGGUUGGAAAGCAUGUGAAGUGAAUUUUGUUCGAGCUAUUGUUCACAAUCAGAACUCGACAUCAGAUGAACACGUAUUCAUAGGUGAUGAUACAAAGGAGGGAAAAGAAAAGAUAUCUGAUGGAGGCGAUUCCGGUGCCCUCAUUUAUAGCCUUGAUGUUGACAUUAAGGGAAAAACUAUUCUUGUACCCAUGGCAAUGGUUUGGGCAGGAAAUAAACACGGCUUUGAAGGCUUUCAAGGUGAUGUCACAUAUGCAACUCCUAUUGAAGAGGUUUUGAAGGACAUUGAGAGUGAGAUGGGAUGGGAAAAUGGUAGUCUCAAAUUCUUCUGA